AUGAACAACACCGACCCCUCCCAUCGCCGUGGCGUCAUAGGCGACCCCGAAGGGUCCUUCUGGCUCUACGACUCGACCAGAGGGUUCGACCUGACGCACCCCGCGACGCCGACCUCGCCCCGCCCGACGCCGAACCACACGCUCAAGACCAACACCCUGCCCGUCACCGUCGCCUCGUCCAAGACGGCGCUCGUGAUCGUCGACAUGCAGAAUUUCUUCCUGUCCCCGUCUCUCGGGCGGCCCGAGGGCUCCAAGGGUCUCCUCGCUCAAAACCAGCUACUCACGUACGCCAUCCCCGCCGCGCGCAAGGCCGGCAUCCGCGUCGUCUGGCUGAACUGGGGCCUCACCGACGCCGAAGUCAAAGCCAUGCCCCCUUCGACGUUGCGAGCGUUCGGCUUCGAGACCGUGCCCGCUUCGAGUUCUGAAUCGUACACAAACACCGAGGACAGAAGCGCGGCCGUCGACUCCCACGGCGUCAACCAGGGUUGCGACACCUUUCCCUCCGCCGACCCACAGAUCGAAACGUCGGGCAAGAACCCUCGCCUCUACAAAGGUCUGGGUACCGACAUUGGACCCGUGACGUUGGAAGGCAAAACGACGGUCGAUGGAGGUCGAUUGUUGAUGAGAGAUACAUGGAACGCCGACCUGACUCCCGAGUUGCGCGCAUCAUACGAACAAGGCCUCACUGCCAGUCCCGCCGAUGUAUGGAUUCACAAGAACCGCAUGUCCGGCCUCUGGGGCACGAGGACAAUGUGUACGGAUUUUCUGGAGAAGGAGGGCAUAACAACUCUUCUCUUCGCCGGUGUCAAUACGGAUCAAUGUGUCGGGGGGAGUCUACAGGACGCCUUCUCGAAAGGAUACGACGUGAUUCUCCUUUCCGACGGGGCCGGUACAACCUCUCCAGACAGCAGCCAGGAGAGCGUCGAAUUCAACUGUGCCAGGACAUGGGGAUUCUGUACGACCUGUAAAGAUUUCGCAGAGAGUGUUGGAUUGUAA